UGGCGCGAGCGUCGCAAACUUAGCGUCACUAUCAUAAAGGUACUUCCGGUUACGCCAAAUGAAGGCGUGAGAGGUAUGCGGGAUACCUUGAAGGAUUCCGUUUGGGCCGGGGAACUCUGGCGCGACCAUGGACCGAAGAAAGAAACCUUUGGAAGUUACGGCCUCCUCGUUGGUAGACCUUAAGGCCGAACUCUUCCGAAAACAAGAAGAAUUCAAACAAGAAAAACUUCUAAAAGAUUCUGGAGUUUUGGGAAAACCAAAAUUAACUAAUAAGAAACCAAGUAUCUGGAGCAAACAGAAUGCAGGAGUUUCAAAUCGAGCCGAGAAGGAUGCUGAACAGAAGAUUGAGGAACAGAAGACUUUAGACAAAGCAAGGGAGAAAUUGGAAGAAAAAGCUAAAUUAUAUGAAAAAAUUACUAAAGGAGACUUUAUAGAUGAAGAAGUGGAAGAUAUGUACCUUGUGGAUUUCACACAGAAGAUCAUAGACAAACACAAAGAAGCGAAGGCGUUUGGUGCCAUUAGAGAUUCUAGAAAGGCAGAAGAAGGAGAUGAUGAUGAAGAAAAUCUUUCUGAAAAAGAUAUACCUCCUCCCCAGGACCCCAGUGAAGAAUGGGUGGAUUACGUGGAUUCUUUAGGGCGAUCCCGGCGCUGCAUGAAAAAGGAUUUGCCACAUCUGCUGGAGAUGGAUAAAAAUCUCCAGGGGAGGCUUUUUGUCAGUCCUGCUAAUGAAAAAACCUUACUAUCUGAAGACAUGAGAAAAGAACUUCAACGCCAGCAAUGGGAGGAAGAAGAAAGGGAGGCCCUGAAAAGGCCAAUGGGGCCCAUCCAUUAUGAAGACAUUCGUGAAAAUGAGGCCCGGCAACUUGGUGUUGGAUAUUUUGCCUUUGCCCGAGAUAAAGAGUUAAGAAACAAGCAAAUGAAAACUUUAGAGAUGCUGCGUGAACAGACAACAGAUCAGAGAACAAAACGAGAAAACGUAAAGGAAAAGCGAAAAGCUAUGUUAGAAGCAAGACUUGCCAAACUCCGACAAAAAAAGAUGAAAACAAAAGACGACGGAGCAGAGGAAGAGAAUAGAGAUGGAGAUGUUAUUGGGCCUUUGCCACCAGAACCAGAGGCUGUGCCAACUCCACAUGUUUCUGCUCAGAGCAGCAAAGUAGAAGUCAUCGUUCAGGAGAGGAAGGAUACCAGGCCUGGAGUGCCACAUAUCCGGGAGUGGGACAGAGGAAAAGAAUUUUCCUUUGGGUAUUGGUCGAAGAGGCAGUCAGAUCUCCGGGCUGAGAGAGAUCCUGAGUUUGCCCCACCAUCGGAUUACUUUGUGGGUCAAAAGAAAACUGGUUCUUUCAGUAGCCAGACCUGGAGCAGAUCUGCACCUACACAGAGUGACCCAGGGCAGUACCCUGGCCAGAGCCAUGACCCCAGCUGUUCACAUACAUCAUCCACUCCUGCCCCCAACAGCCCACCACAAACAACCACGGUCACAUUUGAAACUCUGGAUGAUAUGAUAUCAUAUUAUAAACAAGUGACAUGAACUAGAAAACAUUCUGACUUGGGUCCAUACUGUCAAUGGUGCCUUCCUCUCCCAGAGCGGGGAAAAUGACUUUAGGGACUUGAUUGUAACUUUUUAUCUUCCUGUCCUUUCCAUAGAAGACACAGGUUGGAUUUAUCAGCAAGGAAGAAAGUGAAUGGUACUGUGGGAAAUCUGUGGCCACUUGGCUAUUCAUUUCUUUCUAAUUGGUAUGGAGGAGACAUAUUCAUCUGGAUUUACGUGUAAGCUGUGGUAAAGUAGAAAUAUUCUGUAAUAUUUGAUACCAAGGAGUUUGUAAUCCUGUCUCUUUUACACCCACUCCCAUGACUUACUCAGAUUCGAGGACUCCAUUCCUUUCCUUUUGCAAAUACUAGCACAUAGAUGUCUUUUUUCCCAAGGAUUCAGCUUCUAGAUCCAUUGAUGGAGCAUCUCUCAGAAAUAACUUUUGUCUAUCAGACAGUGACAAAUGAGGGGAUACUGUGUGAAAGGCAAAGUGAUUUAGUCUCCAAGAGGACCCUGAAGCUGGUGGACUAUAACAUAAACGAUAGGAAGACCAGGGGGUAGAACUUCAUAAUCCAGAAGUGGAAAUUGAAGUCACUAACUUUUAUUGUCAUCGCAUCCUAAGUGAUUAUCAUCACCUGUGCAUAGUGGGCAUUCAGUAAGUAUGUGUUAAUGACUAGGGUACAUGUGGGAGCUGUUGAGUCUGGUUAGAGAGUGAGAUGCUCCUUAACUGUUAAGGAUUUUUCAGCUCACCUGCCUCCCUGUUACUCCCACUGUAGGUCCUCAUCACUCUCGGGAGCUGAGUCACCUCAGAAACUUGAUUGGGAUAGAUUUGGGUUGGAGUGAGGGGCAGGUAGGUCUCUUCAUCUUUUCUAACAAUGGGUGAGUGAGCAGAGCACCAGAAGGGCUACCUGUGCCUGGGUACUGUCCCCAUCCUCGGUCUGCUGCACCUCAGUGUCCUCUUUACAGCUGCAAACAAGCAGUAGGAGUUGGCCACCAGGCACACAGGGUUCAUAUGGCCACCUCUCAUGCCAGUGAGUCCUGUAUGAAUGUGCUAGAGCAGAUCUUCCGCAUGCCCAAAGGAGUCCGCCUUUUCCUGGGCUUUGUGAUAAGCAUGUUUUCCAUUUCCACAGCACAGUGGUGUUGGUGAGGGUGCCCCUAUUCUCAUUACAGAUUGCAAACUGGAGUGCAGAGAGGAUCAGCAAGUAAUCCCAGGUCAUGUGACAUCUAAAUGGCAGAUCUGGGCUUAAAUGUAGUUUGUUUAGGCUCAGGUUUGUUCCAGACUUAUGCUUUCUCCAAAACCCUCUGCUCUUAGUGUUGUUGCCCCGAAAUCAAAUCCCAAAUUCCAGAAAAUUUAACCUCUAAACUCCGUAUCAGACAAAGCUGCCAGACUUAUUAAUGGUCAUUUUGUCAGCCUAAUCAGGCAAAUACCUCUUUUAACAAAUACACAUUUAAACCAA